AUGGAUCUCUUAAACCAUCAACAACCAAACACUCAACCUAGUGUAGAUAUCUCUGCGUCGAAUGUCUCUUUGUUCGGUCCUUGGUCUGAAGAAGAAAACGUUGAAGCCCACACUGUGGAGUACCGUAAAAAGAGAAGGAAGUGGACACCAACAGAGGAUCAGGUGCUCAUCAGUGCUUGGUUGAACACCUCCAAAGACCCUGUAGUUGGGAAUGAGCAAAAAACCAUUGCGUUUUGGAAAUGCAUUGCAGCUUAUUUUGCUGCAAGUCCCAAGCUAUCUGGUUUGCAAACGGGAGAGCCUACUCAUUGCAAACAAAGGUGGGGGAAGAUCAAUGAGGGCGUCUGCAAGUUCGUUGGCUGCUAUGUUACGGCAACAAAAGAGAAAUCAAGUGGCCAGAACGAGAAUGAUGUAAUGAAACUGGCUCAUGAGAUUUACUUCAAUGACUACAAGGCGAAGUUUACCCUUGAGCACGCAUGGUUGGAGCUGCGACACGAUCAGAAAUGGUGUGGCGCAUCUACAACUAAAGAUAAGGUGCAGUCAAAAAGGAGGAAGUUAGAUGAGCACUCUGCACAAUCAUCAACUUUUGUGGCUGGAGAGGAUGAUCAAUCCAAGCGCCCCAUUGGAGUUAAAGCGGCAAAGGCGAAAGGAAAAAGGGCUGUGAUCAAUGCAACGAAGUUGGAUGAGGAAGAAAAGGAGUUGCAGAGCAUCUGGAGUAUUAGAUAG